AAUAAAAAUAGAAUGUAUCAUUUGAAAGAAGAUGGAAAACUUGUGAAGUGUGGGAUUUUAAGUAUUGCCGCAUCACGUACCAUAUUGCAAAAUCCAAAUACAAGAUUACGGCGACCUAAGUACAACGAAUCAUCUUUAGAAUCUUCAACUGAAGAAAAUAAUGAAUUGCCGCUUCAUGCGAUACAACAAAAAAGGAAGAACAUAAAAUUUAAUGCCAAUUGCGCCAAAAAAACUAUGAGCAAAGAUAUUUUAAAUGCUUACAAAGCAAAACGAAAAGAAGAAAUUAUGAAAAAGAAAGGAGCAAAAAAAAUAAUCAAAUAUAAACCCGAUGGCGAUAAAACACCUAAAAACAAUGAAGUAGACAGCAGUCCGGUUGGUGAAUUUGAAAACGAUGCCGCAAUGGCAAUCGAAGAACAUAACAAAAUAAUGAAAGUUGUAGAAGAAGAUUCCAUUGUACAUGAAGAAGAAAAAUCGGAUAGAACUGUAGAAUCAGAAGAAGAAGAAGAAGAAGAAGAAGAAGAAGAACAUGUAGUAGAAGAAGAAAUAUUUGAACUCGGUUCCGACGCGGAUGUAGAUGAUAACGAACAACCCGAAUAUGUGACGUCUGAAAUAGCCGAGGUUAAUGACGGUGCGAGUUACAAAAAUAACAUAGACAACGACGAAAACAACUACAACUCGAAUAACCAGAUAGUACUGAAAAUAAUUUAUCAAUUAUAA